AUGUCCCUGUCCUCGGAAAAGGACGAGGAGGACGGCGACGACUAUUUCUCGGAGAACCAGUUCUCCGACUCGUCAGGGGCCGAGGCCGAGGAGUCGCCGCCGCGGCCACCGUCGCAGAACUACUUUGCCCCCCCCUUCUACGGUCGUCCUCCGACGCCUCUGCCGCCGUCCCCGUCGCUCACGUCCCUCCUGCGACCGUCGCGGCCGACGACGCCCGAUGCGUCGGAUGACGAGAACAUGGCGCCGGUGCCGCGGGCGGCGCCCAAGGUGCCGACGUACGAGUACUACGGCUUCGUCCUGUACCUCUUCAGCAGCCUCACCUUUCUCCUCUGGCUGCUGUGGAGCUACCUCCCGGCGCCUUUCCUGCACGGGCUGGGCAUCUACUACUAUCCGAACCGCUGGUGGGCGCUGGCGAUCCCGGCCUUCCUCGUCAUGACGCUCUGCUACAUCUACAUCGCCUUGGCCUCGUACAACAUGGAGAUGCUGACGGUGCCCCUCGGCAGCGUCGAGACCAUCGUCGACGGCGCGGGCAAGCUCGCCGCCAUCGACUCCAAGGGCCGGCUGCGCGGGAGCAGCAGGCGGGAGAGGAAGUGCGACGGCAACGGCAAGCUGAGGUGGAGGGAGAUAUGGAACGAGGGGACCGACGCCGUCAUGGACAUACCCUUGGCCGGCGUCUGCGAGGUGCUGUACGGCGAGGGAAGGGAGGAACCGGCGAGGGAAGACGGAGCAGGGACAGGAGCGUGA